GAGAGCAAACAGAGAAAAAAAAACAGAAUAGAGAGAGGAAAGGUGCUGGUGCAGAAUUUACAGACCAGCCGCACAAAUCCGAUCAUCGCCGGAGAUCCGACCGUUGGAUUGAGCUGAAAUUUUCAGAGGUUGUUCCCAACACUUUGGGCUUCAAUCUUUUCAAGUUUCACAUUAAUCGGAGCUACGGAUCUUCUGUAAUCGCAGCUGGUGCGACGCUGCGUUUUUGGGUGUUUGGUUGGUUGUCUUGAAGUUGAUCCUUGUAGGUGUCGUAUCCUACUUGUUGCUUCUCCCCCAACAUUUGGUAUCGGAGCAUUGGUUUAAACCGUAGAUAUGGAGUCAGGAAAUAAUUCUAUGGUUAAAUUGACAUCAACCAAUUAUUCCAUUUGGCGUCCUAUGAUGGAGGAUUUGUUAUAUUGUAAAGAUUUGUUUGACCCAAUUGAUGUGGAUAAAACCAAGAAGGAUGACAUGCCCACUAAACCUGAGAAGAUGACGGAUAAAGAAUGGGAAAAACUGAAGAGAAAGACCUUGGGGACUAUCAGACAGUGGAUUGAUAUUAGCAUAUUCAAUCAUGUAUCCCAAGAGACUGAGCCACUCGAGUUGUGGAGAAAAUUGGAGGGUCUUUAUGAGAGAAAGACUGCUCAUAACAAGGCCUCGUUGAUUAAGAGGCUUGUUAGUCUCAAGUUGAAGCCGGGNUGGUAGAGAAUAGAGGAAGAAGCAAAAGCAGAGGUCCCAAGGGGCGUGGCAAGUCAAAGUACAGGUCCAAGUCCAAGGAUGGGAGAGAGCCCACUAUAUGUCACUAUUGUAGCAAACCUGGCCAUAUUCAAAAGUUUUGCUACAAGAUGAAAAGAGACCAGCAAAAGAAGAAAAAUGAUCAUCACAAAGAGGGUGAUGACAAGAAUACAACGGCGACAGCUUCUACUUCAGAUGAUGGUGUUUCAUUGGUUUGUACGGCAGGUGAUUGUUGUCAUGUUGAUAAUUCUGAUUCUGAAUGGCUUGUUGAUACGGGGGCUUCUUAUCAUUGUGUUCCUCAUAAGGAGUACUUUAUUGACUACCGAGUUGGAGAUUUUGGUAGUGUGAAGAUGGGAAACCAGAGUUCCGCAUGUAUUGUUGGAAUUGGAGAUAUUCGGGUUCAAACCAGUGUUGGGUGCUAUAUGACUUUGAGAGAUGUUCGCCACAUUCCAGAUUUACGCCUCAAUUUAUUGUCUGCUAAUGUACUUGAUCAAGAAGGUUACAAGCAUACUUUUGGUGAGGGUAAAUGGAAAUUGUCUAAGGGUUCUUUGACUAUUGCUCGUGGCAAGCUUUGUUGCACUUUGUAUAAGACACACUUUAAAGUGUGUGCUAGUGAGUUGAAUGCUGUUGAGGAGAAAACUUCUCCUAACUUAUGGCAUCGCAGAUUGGGCCAUGUUAGUGAGAAGGGUAUAAAGCUGUUGGCUGGUA